AUGGACUUAGCGCUUUUGCUGGGGUUGGAUCAACUGCUGGUGCCAAAUGAACUCAAGGAGCUGUUCACAUCUGGCUGCGCGUUAAGUAAUCUCUUCGUGAGGUCAAAUGAUGUCAAAGACCUCGAUAAGGCAAUACACGCGUUCGGCCAAGUUAUCUCGGCGUUAACAGAAGAGGAUGGCCUACGAGCAGACGCACUGCGUGAAAUAGGGACAUCAUAUGUUAAGAAAUACGGGGUCUCGGGACAGGUGCCAGACCUACGGCGUGGCCUCGAUCUUUAUGAGAAGGGAAUCGAUACAAUGGAGGUCAACUUCGCUCUGAAAGCUGACUACGAGACCCGCCUAGCAAUGAUGCAUCGAUUUGCAUUCUCUGAAACGGCAGACAGCUCGAACCUUGAACGAGCUAAACACUUCGGAGAACGAGCUGUCAAUAAUGGAUCUUCCAAGCCUGUUGAUCGUGCUCAAUAUCUCACCAACCUCAGUCGGAUUUUUCAUACCUCGUAUCAGAAAACGGGAAAUUUGGAAGAGCUUAAUCAUGCACGAGAGCUUUCUGUAAAAGCGGUGGACCUGCGGCCACCAACGUCAACCGCUUUCUUUGAAGAGCAUCUAAUUCAGUUGGGCUUUGUGACACUGGGCAGAUACAUAGCUACGGGGGCGAUUGCGGAUCUCAACCGAAAAUGGGCGGAGCUGCAGAUGAAUCUAAGUCUCGCCUAUCAUCUCCGAUUUCAGCGAACACAAACUCCCGGAGAUCUGGAGCAAUGCGAAAUGAUCUCACGCAGGGUGAUUGAGUUGAAACCGGACCCCCUGUAUCAAGGGAAGGCAUGGCAGCAACUUGCGCUUAUAAGCAUGGACCAAUACGAGAGGCACAAGGUAAUCGGCUCGCUCAACGCCAUUGACCAUGUAGACGCUGCGAUUCAGAACUUCAGAGAGGCUCUCCAAGUCACUCCCCCAAGCAUAGCAGCGCGUCAAUCAGAGUACUUGUCGAAUAUUGGAGUAGCAUAUAUAGCCAGGUACAAGAUAACGGGGUCGGCGGAAGAUCUAGACCAAGCUGCGGACGCCUAUCAGAAAGCGAUACAAAUGAAACCGGAAGCUGAGAGGGAUAACUUCCUUUCCGCUGGGCUCGCGACCGUCUUUGAGCUAAGAAGAGGCCGAGGAAGCAACGCUGAUGACAUACAACAGGCGCUUGAUCUACUCCGGAUCACGCUUGAAAACCCAUCGGUUUCUUUACAAAGCAGAGUCGAGGCAGGCAUGAGGAUGAUGUAUCUUCAGGCAUCUACGGGAAAGUUGGAGGAGGCAAAUCGAGUUUCGAACACUAUUCUGGGCCUGAUACCGCUUCUGACGCCUCGGUUUCUGGGCGUCGCGGAUAAGCAACAGCUGCUCCGUAGCCUUACCAGUUUCGCUUCCGACGCGGCGGCGGUAGCGUUAAUGGCAGACCAGAGUCCUUUCGAGGCUUUGAGUGUCAUUGAGCUUGGACGAGGUGCCAUCCUCGGUUCUCUCAUUGACUUGCGAAGCGACAUUUCCGAGCUGCAUGAGAAAUACCCCGACUUGGCAGGGAAGUUUGUUGAGCUGCGUGAUCGGAUUGAUGCUCCGAUUCCAUCUACACAAACACAUUUCAUCGAACUUCAGCGAGCCCGCCAGAAGAUUCGAGAGCUUAGCCAGCAAGUGCGUGAAAUUCCCGGGUGGGAAACAUUCAUGAACUCGGCGGCCGAAGACGAGGAACUGACCCCGACGGAGUGGGAGCUCAGAAUGGAUGUGGAUGAUCUCACGGAAGACUAUCCUGAUAUAGCGAACGAGUUUUACGAACUGAUAGACCGUCUCGACGAGCCCAUGCCCUCGAUUGAGGAUCAUAUCAGCCAAAGAAAUAAGUCCAGCGAGGAGAUUGAACGUUUAAUCCAAGAGAUUCGCGAAAUGCCUGGAAUGGGGCGCUUCCUUCUGGCCCCAACAGAGACAGAAAUCAUAAGUGCUGCUGAGGAAGGGGCCAUUGUCGUCAUCAACGUCAGUCAGUACCGGUGUGACGCUUUUGUCAUACACGAGGGUCAUAUCGGAGUUGUUCCGCUCCCCGGCGCAAGUCUGCUGGAUGUCCAGGACUUGUCAAAGAGGCCUCUGGAUGACGAAUACGUCUUGGAGUGGCUAUGGACCACUAUCGCCCUGCCGGUGCUUGACAGCCUCGGGAUUAGUCAAACGACUGAAUCCUCGUGGCCUCGCAUCUGGUGGGUUCCUACUGGGCCUUUGGCUAAUUUUCCAAUCCAUGCAGCGGGCUUUCAUCGUAAUACACCUGGAAUGAGUGUGCUCGACCGAGCAAUAUCGUCUUACAGCGUUUCUGUGAGAGCAAUCAUCCACAACAGACAAUAUCGGGUAAGACAUACAACCACACCGAAGCCCCAUAAGGCUCUGCUUGUCAGUAUGUCCAAGACUCCUGGACAUGCCUCUCUUGGUUUUGUAGACAAGGAGAUGAAGGAAGUUGAACGGAGGUGUUCAUCCCUGCAGCUUUCAGUCACGAAGCCAGAAACUGUCCGGAACAGCGUGCUAGAGGCUUUGAUCGAUUGCGAUGUAUUUCACUACGCUGGGCACGGGCGAACAGACCCUCUGGAUCCUUCCCAGAGCAGUCUGCUCCUCUCUGACUGGAUGAAGACGCCCUUGACAGUAGGAACCUUGCUGGACACGAAUAUUCAGCAGAGACGUCCGUUUCUAGCGUACCUAUCAGCUUGUGGCACCGGCCGUGUGCGCAAUCCAGAACUGAUUAACGAGGGUAUUCACUUGAUUAGUGCAUACCAGCUUGCCGGCUUUCGUCACGUUGUUGGGACCCUGUGGGAGGUGAAUGAUGAGGUUUGCGCCGAUAUGGCAGCAGGCGUGUACGAAGUAAUGUGUGCUGAAGGGAUGUCGGAUGUCUCCCCUUCGCAAGGUCUACAUCAUGUCUGUAGGAAGCUGAGAGCACGUUGGCUCCAUGAGAUGGAGAGGCGGUCAAUGGGCCUCGAACGACAAAGGGACAUUUCAAAGAGGCUUGAUCCAAAGAUCAACCAGAUUUCUGCGGAUCUCCACACCGAGAGACAUGGCAGAGACGCGAUAUUGGAAGACGAAGAUCAGACAGGGCCUCUGCACUGGGUGCCUUACGUUCACUACGGGCUAUAG